UCUCUCUCUCUCUCUCUUGCCUUUCUGUUUAGAUUAGCAGCAUCUAUGGCUGUUUCGGGGUCUUUCUUAAACUUGCAACUCACUACAACUCCAUGCAUCAAAAGUCUAAGGCUAUGCAAACACUCAAGAAAACAGUUUCGAAUAAAUGUAUCAGCAAAUAGCCCAGAUGCUGAAGAGGCAAAGAUAGUUAUGAAUAAAGGAAAAACCCGAUUGCAAAUUGAUUUUUCGGGGGAAAAACCGAAAACACCUUUGCUUGAUACCAUCAAUUAUCCGGCUCACAUGAAAAACCUCUCAACAAAGGAUUUAGAACAGUUAGCUGCAGAGUUAAGAGUUGAUAUAGUGUAUUCAGUGGCAAGUACCGGUGGGCAUUUAAGUUCAAGCUUAGGAGUUGUUGAAUUGGCUGUGGCUUUACACCAUGUUUUUAAUACCCCCGAUGACAAAAUUAUAUGGGAUGUUGGUCACCAGGCAUACCCACAUAAGAUUCUUACUGGAAGAAGGCCAAAGAUGCAUACCAUGAGGAAAACAUCAGGGCUAGCAGGUUUUCCUAAAAGAGAUGAAAGUGCACAUGAUGCUUUUGGAGCCGGGCAUAGUUCCACAAGCAUCUCUGCCGGCCUAGGUAUGGCUGUUGGAAGAGAUUUAUUAGGGAAGACCAACAACGUGAUCUCUGUGAUAGGGGAUGGUGCCAUGACUGCGGGUCAAGCAUACGAGGCCAUGAACAAUGCAGGCUUCCUUGAUUCAAAUCUAAUCGUCGUUUUAAACGAUAACAAACAAGUUUCAUUACCAACGGCUACAUUGGACGGACCAGCAACCCCUGUGGGAGCUCUUAGUAGCGCUUUAGCCAAGUUGCAAGCCAGUACUAAAUUCCGCAAGCUUCGUGAAGCUGCCAAGAGUAUUACCAAGCAAAUUGGACCCCAAGCACAUGAAGUCGCUGCGAAAGUGGACGAGUAUGCUAGGGGUAUGAUAAGUGCUAGUGGGUCGACCUUGUUUGAGGAGCUUGGUCUAUACUACAUUGGUCCAGUUGAUGGACACAACGUUGAAGAUUUAGUCAGCAUUUUUGAGAAAGUGAAAUCAAUGCCCGCACCCGGGCCGGUUCUUAUACAUAUUGUAACCGAGAAAGGGAAGGGUUAUCCUCCUGCCGAAGCAGCCGCUGACAGAAUGCACGGAGUUGUGAAGUUUGAUGUCGGAACUGGAACGCAGUUCAAGACUAAAGCCCCAACGCUUUCAUAUACUCAAUACUUUGCAGAGGCACUAAUAAAAGAAGCUGAGGCAAACAAUAGAGUUGUAGCAAUACACGCUGCCAUGGGAGGCGGAACUGGAUUAAACUAUUUCCAGAAAGUGUUUCCAGAACGUUGUUUUGAUGUUGGCAUUGCCGAACAACAUGCUGUCACAUUUGCUGCGGGUUUAGCAACAGAAGGUCUUAAACCGUUCUGUGCCAUCUACUCCUCAUUUUUACAAAGAGGAUAUGAUCAAGUGGUUCAUGAUGUUGAUCUUCAAAAACUACCUGUUCGGUUUGCAAUGGAUAGAGCUGGUUUGGUAGGGGCAGAUGGACCAACACAUUGUGGAGCCUUUGACAUCACGUACAUGGCAUGCCUGCCAAACAUGGUGGUGAUGGCUCCUGCUGAUGAGGCUGAACUGAUGAACAUGGUUGCAACCGCUGCAGCAAUUGAUGACAGACCUAGUUGCUUUAGAUUCCCAAGAGGAAAUGGCAUUGGCGUACCUCUUCCUCCUAACAACAAGGGAGUUGCUAUAGAGGUUGGUAAGGGAAGAAUCCUACUGGAAGGAACUAGAGUUGCGAUUUUGGGAUAUGGUUCAAUAGUUCAACAAUGUCUAGGUGCAGCUAGCUUGCUUCAAAACUAUAACGUGUCUGCAACAGUAGCUGAUGCUCGGUUUUGCAAACCAUUGGAUGCAGAACUAAUUAAAAGAUUAGCUAACGAGCAUGAAAUCUUACUUACUGUUGAGGAAGGUUCAAUUGGUGGUUUUGGAUCACAUGUUGCUCAUUUCCUUAGCUUAAAUGGCCUUUUAGACGGGAAACUCAAGCUACGGGCAAUGACACUUCCUGAUAGAUACAUUGACCAUGGUGCCCCACAAGAUCAACUUGAAGAAGCUGGUCUUUCAUCACAACAUAUUUGUUCCACACUUUUAUCGCUUUUGGGGAAGCCGAAAGAAGCACUUCAAUACUAGCCAGUUAUCUAAACGAAAAUGGUACACCAGUGAACUAGAUCGAUCGUUCACUCUUAUAUUGAUUAUAUAUAUGUAUACAGUUUUGGGUGCUUGGAGUAGAGAGAGCAACCAACUAAAGACUAGUAUUGAUUUCUUCAUCUAUAUAUAUGUAAUAUAUGUUGUUCAUUUCAUUGUUAAAAAGUAAUUAAAUGCUAUCACUAAACA